UUCAAGAGAGCCCUCGGUUAUAUUAAUAUUUUAUUUUGCAGAGAAACUGGAAGUCUGGCAAGGUUAAUAGCAUCUUUAAAAGAAAAUGUAUUCGGAAGUCCUACAGAAUUGCUGAAAUUAAGUGUUCCAUCUUUAGUGUAUGCUCUCCAAAACAAUAUGGCGUUUGUGGCUCUUAGCAACUUGGAUGCGGCAGUCUACCAGGUGACAUACCAACUGAAGAUCCCUUGUACAGCUUUAUGUACAGUCCUAAUGCUAAACCGCACCCUUAGUAAGUUGCAGUGGUUCUCUGUUUUCAUGCUGUGUGGUGGUGUUACCCUUGUUCAGUGGAAGCCUGCUCAGGCUACGAAAGUACAGGUGGAGCAGAAUCCAUGGCUAGGGUUUGGAGCGAUUGCUGUUGCUGUAUUAUGUUCAGGAUUUGCAG